AUGACAGCGCACCGCAAGGGGUCCUCCGCGCGCCCCUCCGCCACGCUCCGCGGAAGCGCGUGCGGCGGGGGAAGCCCCGCUGGGGCGUUCCUGAGUGCUGCGCCAGACAUGGCUCCUGGGGCUGGAGGCUCGCCUAGUAACAGAGGUUCCGCCAAUGGCGGCGGUAAUGGCAGAGGAAGCAGUAACGGAAAUGGGAAUGCGGCCGGUGGUGGUGGUAGUUCCGGCGCUGGUGGUGGUGGUCCUGGUGUUGGCAGUGGAUUGACUGGGUCUGGAACAACACCUGGGAAGGGGAGAUGGAACAUGUGUCAGCAGUUACCAGUGAUUCUACUAACGGCUACUAAUAUGAUCAUCAUUGGCAUGCUGUACAGCGAUAUCUCCCACCACCACUCAGAUGACUCCAUAUACCCAGACGAGCCGUCCUCCUUCUCCCUCUCCUCCCACUCCCACUCACACGUGCGCCACCUGCACCGGCGGCACCGAUUGCAACAAGGCGCACUAGACUUGCAAGACAGUGGCUUGUUGCUUGAUGAGCGUGGUGGAGCAAGGGAUGCCAGCGGAGACCGUUUGAAGAGGCUGGGGAUUGGUGAUGCUGACGUGGAGGGGCAAAAGGCGUUGGAUCGGGAUCGGGAUCGAUCGGGCGGCUGGGAUGAUGAGGAGGAGAAGGGUGUUGGAGGAGAAGAGGAAGAGGUGGAAGGGGAGAGAGCAGCAGAGAUAGACGAGGAGAGGCAAGGGGGGGAAAUGAGGGAUGUGGGAGGGGAUAGGGAGUUGGAUGGCGAAAGGGAGAUCGGGGAGGCAAAGGAACGAGAUGAUGAAGGGGAGAGAGGUUGGGAGGCAGGAGGAGAGAGAAGAGGGGACAGGGAAGCAAUUGAAAGGAGUAUGGAACCGAAAAUAGAAAAUGAGAGGGAUAGAAGUGAGAGGAUAUGGGAGCAGGGAAAAGGUGAGGGCUUGAGGAUGGGAAGAGGGGUUGGGGAAGGGAGUAAGGGAGGAGAGGAGGGGUUGAUUGCAGAAGGGAGGAGACCUGGGGAGGAGAGGAGGAGCGGGGAGGAGGAGAGGAGGAGUGGAAAGGUGGGCCCUUUGCAAGGGGGCUUCGUUGAAGGGGGUGGGGGAGAUGCUGAGGGGAGACAGGUGCUAGCGGUUGGUGGGAGCAUGCAAGGGAAUGCAGUGAGGGAGGGGGGUAGCGUCAGUGGUGGAAUUAGACAACUCGUAGAGCGGCAGAGGGAGCAGCAGAAGCACCAGGAGGAGGAGGCGCAACAGAAGCAGCCGGGACUGGAGCAGCUGGGGGAGAAGCAGCCUGUUGGGGAGCAUCGGGUGCCAGAGCAACAGAAGGAGCAACAGAAGGAGCAACAGAAGGAGCAACAGAAGGAGCAACAGAAGGAGCAACAGAAGGAGCAACAGAAGGAGCAACAGAAGGAGCAACAGAAGGAGCAACAGAAGGAGCAACAGAAGGAGCAACAGAAGGAGCAACAGAAGGAGCAACAGAAGGAGCAACAGAAGGAGCAACAGAAGGAGCAACAGAAGGAGCAACAGAAGGAGCAACAGAAGGAGCAACAGAAGGAGCAACAGAAGGAGCAACAGAAGGAGCAACAGAAGGAGCAACAGAAGGAGCAACAGAAGGAGCAACAGAAGGAGCAGCAGAAGGAGCAGCAGAAACGGGAGCAAGGCAGGGAGAGAAAUAGCAGAGCAGGAUCAGAAGGAAUGGAAGGACGUGUGCAGAAUGGGUCAGAUAGGGGGUCUUCCUCUUUCCCACUGCUCUCAAGUCCCUCUCUCCCUUCACCUUCCCUUUCUUCUCCCACGCUCUCUCCUGCUCCUCCUCCUGCUCCCCUGCUCCAAACCCCUCUUCCAUCCCUCACCUCUGUUACUACGAAACCCGCUUCUUCCCGCACCAUCCCCUCUCCUUCCCAAGCCUCCGCGCUGCCUCCUCCUUCCCCAUCCCUCUCCUCCCCCGGUUCGCGCCUCACUUCCCCAUCCUCGCACUCGCCCCGUCCUGCUUCCUCCCACGUUCCCUCUUUGUCUCUCUCUCCUUCUAUUUCUGUCCCGUCACCUUCGUUGAUAACGCAAUCCGGAAAAGCUCUUUUUCCCCCUUCCCUUUCCACCAACAAGAGGGGUCAAGGAGGGAUCCAAGAGCAGCACCAACAGCAGCAGCCGAAACUGCAGCAGAAGAAGCAGCGCGAGCAGCAGCAGCAAGGGAGCAGCAGGGGAGGAGGAGUUUCAACUGAGCCUGCAUGGAGUACAAGUGGCUUUGUGCUAUUCAGCGGUUACCGUGCAUCCAUGGACUCAUUCGUGGCCAUUGGCUUGCACCAUGUGGGCAACAGCAGCAGCACCGCCAUGCUCCAAGCCCAGUCGUGCGAGUGGGUGGAAAAGAAUGGAGACCGGCAUGUGGGUCAAGUCACGGUAAAGCAUCCCUCACAUGCCCACCUACCGAAACACCUGCAAUCUGCCACCACCACCACCACCACUACCACUGCUGCUGCUGCCGCUGCCACUGCCGCUGCCAAGCUCCCAGCAGCAGGAGGAGCAAAGGGAGCAGCAGCACGAGCAGCAGGCGGCGGCAGCAGCGGCGGCAGUGGGGGCAGAGCGACUAGUGGGGUGGUGGGAGCAGAGACGGUGGUGCUGGUGUGUUUGCUGGACGAGGAGGCGAGUCUGCGCACGGGUGGGCAACUGCGCAUGGAGGUGAAUGGAGAGGACGUACUUGUGUAUGAGGAGGAGGGCAACCACGGCUUCCACCACAGCUUUGGCGACGAGGAGACGCUGAUGUACAACCUCAUGUACUGCAGCACGCCCAUCCAUGUGGCCGUGCAUGCUGUCAGAUUCGCACAGUGGCUCAACUUCCACCGCACCGUGCACCACGUGGACUAUUUCCAGCUGUACGAUGCGGGUGGCGUGGAGGAGCGGCUGCUGCAGCAGCUGGCGCCCGCCAUAGAGGCGCGCGCAGCGGCUGUCAUGGACAUGCGCGCCGUGGCAGGGCGCGAUGGCACGGCUCAUGGGCAGCUACUGGCCUUCCAUGACUGUCUCUACUUUGCGCGCACGGCAGCGCGCUGGGCGCUCUUCCUGCACCCAGACGAGUACCUGCUGGUGCAGCACCCCCCGCACUCCAUUGCCCACGUGCUAGCACUGCACCAGCAAUCCUCGCACGUCACCUUUGGAGCUUUCCGCUUCCUCACAGACACAUGCCCCCGCACCUCCCCCACCAACCCUCUCGCCCCGCCCACUCACCGCCAAAAGCAGCAGCAGCGGCAGGGGAAGGGGCAGCGGCAUGGGCAGGGACAGCAUGUGCCUGGAGGGUGUGGGGCAGCGCAAGUUUGUCGUGGACCCGAGGCGAACCCACAUGCUGGCUGUGCACAAGGUGCUGGAGCCGCGGGCAGGGGAGGUGAACCUGCCCGCCACAGCAGUGCACAUCAGCCACUUCCCCAGCCUCACCUCCCGCCACCUGCGCCCCUGUGGCAAGACCCUCUCGCCGGAGGAGGUUUCCGCACGGCGCCUGGUGCUCGAUAG